UUUGUCGCCUUUCGGUGACGCAAACCUCCCUUUCCGGCCUGGGCUCGCGGCGUGUGAGAAGACUGUAAGCUUCCAGGCAAAGAGUUUGUACUGAUCAUACCAAUACUCAACAACAACAACAAAACCCAUAAGCAUACCUCCAUUUCUAUUGAAGAAAAUUAUUGCUGAGAAAAUACAGGAAUCUCCUGCAGCACGUCACUUGUGGCAAGUGAUCUAAGAAUACACAAUGCAGAACGAUGCUGGAGAAUUUGUGGAUCUGUAUGUGCCCCGUAAGUGCUCUGCAAGCAAUCGGAUAAUUGGUGCGAAAGACCAUGCUUCCAUCCAAAUAAAUAUUUCUGAGGUUGAUAAAGUCACAGGCAGAGUGAAUGGCCAGUUCAAAACAUAUGCAAUUUGUGGCGCAAUUCGUAGGAUGGGGGAAUCUGAUGACUCUAUCUUGCGCCUAGCAAAAAAUGAUGGCAUUGUUUCCAAGAAUUUCUAAAUCAAGAAGCACCAUGAUACGGAAUUUCUUAUAAAAUAAAAAACUGUUGGAAAACA